AGCACGGUGUGUGGUUUUGCUUUCUUGCUGCCACCACGGGGGAAUCUUGUCGUCUUCUCCUUCUCUCUCCAGUCUCCACUAGGAGUUGCUAUGAUUUGUGCUGACCAACAGGAACUCCAUGCUGCUUGUGCGCAGGAGACUCGUCGAUGCUGGUGAUCAGGGACGCGCUGCUGUCGCAGCUCCAGAAGGACCGCCUCCGCCAGGACAUCAUCAUGGCCGAGCUUGCCAGGAUAGAGCGCGCGAUGGCCCUGCGCUCUGCCGGCGGCGAACGGGCUGACCCGGUGCGCUUCCCCUCCAACGAGCACUUCGUGGCGCACAGCGGAGUAGCUGAGCAUGGCGUCGGCGCGGAUGAGGUCCAUGAUCUGAAGAAGAAUGAUGGAGUAGCGCACGAUGGUGUGGGAUUGGAGCCCGAGAAGCCUGCCAUGGAAGAUCACGCCGGUCAAUGCUUUAAGACUUGCUGUAGUACCGGAAAGAUGGCAUGUCAGGAGAAUGCAGCACUGGAUGAGUGCAAAAUGCAAGAAUCCAGUCAGACUAUGUUGCCCAACGAGACCCAGCCAUCUUCAAUUAAAUGGAGUUGCGCCAUCUGCCAGGCAAAAGCAACCAGUGAGGGCAACUUACAGCAGCAUUUUGCCGGGCAGAGGCACCAGUCGAAAGUAGCAGCUCUGGUAUCUAGAAGAAAAAAUGCCAAUUGUCAGAAGGCAACACCGACAGCAGAGGAAGCAAGGAACGUGAGGCAAUAUGCAGCAGAAAAGCCACAUCCAACAUGGCUUUGCAGGUUCUGCCAAUCCAAUUGCACUUGCAAAUCAGACCUGGAGAACCACCUGAGAGGCAAGAGGCACAAAGCAAAGAUCCAAGCCCUGCUGGAAGAAUGCAAGAACACGAUGAUGGAUUUUGGGUCGACAGAACUGAAAUCGUAUCCGAACAAUGUGACAAAGGAUGAAGAGAACCCUGCGUCGCUAUGGAACUGCAGCCUUUGCCAAACCAAGUGGACUCGUCAGUCAGGGUUGGAGAACCACCUAAAGGGCAAGAGACACCAACUGAAUUUUCUGGUUCUACAGGUAGAAGCACAACAAUACCUUUCGGAUUGGCGUUGUGGUAUCUGUCUGGCCAAAUGCAAGUCUGCAUCUCAAUUUGAGGAUCACUGCAGUGGCAGAGGGCACAAGCAAAAGAUAGAUGCUCUUCUGAGAGGAGGCACUAAUGCGAGACCAAGCACUUUCCAGGCUGAGAAGAAGCCACCUUCAGAUGGUUCUAACAUCAAGGGUGGAAUCUCAGAGGAAACGGGGACACAGAGGACAAUGUAUUCUUGCAAGCUCUGCAAUUUGCACUGCAACAGCAAGUACACGCUUGCUGAACAUCGUCGGGGGAAGAAGCACAUAGAGAAGGUGGAGAAAAGGAUGUCAUUGAGUUAUUGCGAGGUCUGCAAUUUGCAGUGCAACAGUGAGAAAAUGUUUGCUCACCAUCGUAUGGGGAAGACACAUCUAGCAAAGGUCAAUGGCUGCUGA